GCGGGGGGAGGGCGGCGGAGUGUACGUGGGAAGACUCUGGCCAUUAGAAGAGAGGACCAGAGUGUGUGGGAACGUCGGGCACCUCUCGGCCCUUCACAGGUACGCCAGCUGGUAAGGGACGGCGUGAAGGUGACGGUGCAGCCCUCCAACAGACGCGCCUACCCAAUGCAGGCAUAUCAGAGUGUGGGUGCGCGCAUUCAGGAGGACAUCACAGAGGCAGAGGUGAUCAUUGGAGUGAAGCAAGUCCCCAUAGAUCAACUGACACCUCACAAGACUUACUGCUUCUUCUCCCACACCAUCAAGGGGCAGGAGGCGAACAUGCCACUGCUUGACGCUAUCCUGGAGAAGAAUAUAAGACUGAUUGAUUACGAACGGAUGUGUGAUAGAGAGGGGCAGCGAGUCGUGGCCUUUGGGAAGUAUGCAGGCGUGGCUGGCAUGAUCAACAUCCUCAAUGGUCUAGGGUUGAGACUGCUGGCCCUGGGACACCACACGCCCUUCAUGCAUAUCGGCCCAGCACACAAUUACAGGAACACGGAGAUGGCCAGACAGUCAAUUAGAGAUGCUGGAUACGAAAUUUCCUUAGGCAUGCUUCCUAAAUCUAUUGGGCCCCUUACUUUCAUCUUCACUGGCUCCGGUAAUGUCUCCCAAGGGGCCCAGGAGAUUGUACAAGAGCUGCCACACGAGUAUAUAUCAGUGAAGGCACUCAAGAAAGCAGCCGAGCACGGUGCCCUGAAUAAAGUGUACGUUUGCGAGGUAAGCAGACAAGACCAUUUAGUGAGAAAGGACGGAGGGGGUUACGACGCAGCAGAAUAUGAGGAACACCCUGAAAAAUACAUCUCCGUGUUUGCCCACAAGAUCGCGCCCUAUGCAUCAGUUAUCAUCAAUGGUAUCUACUGGGCUGUAAAUUCUCCCAAGCUGCUCACCAUCCCUGACGCCAAGUACCUGCUCCAGCCUGUCUACACGCCUUGGCUGCCUACGUCGCUCGGUUCCCCUUCACUGCCUCACAGAAUGUUGGCCAUCUGUGACAUCUCAGCUGAUCCAGGAGGUUCCAUUGAAUUCAUGUCAGAGUGUACGACUAUAGAUACACCAUUCUGCUUGUAUGACGCUGACCAGAACAAGGACACUAAAAGCUUCAAGGGCCCCGGGGUGCUUGUAUGCAGUAUUGACAACAUGCCAACCCAGCUACCAAGAGAGGCCACAGACUUCUUCGGGUCGCUGCUCCUUCCCCACAUGUACGACAUCUUGCAGAGUGACGCUACAGCUCCCUUUGUGCCCGAGCAACACACGAGAGAGGUGGCUGGGGCUGUCAUCACGAAUGGAGGGAAACUAACACCAAACUUUGAAUAUAUUUCCGAAUUGCGACAUCAGACAAGAGCCAGUCACAAGGCCGCUGUUGCUCAGUGUUCGCACCAGGUUCUUGUUCUUGGCGCCGGUUAUGUGGCUGGCCCGGUUGUGGAUUACCUGUCCAGAGAUGUCGACACUUCCAUCAUUCUAGCAUCGGAGCUCAAGGCAGAAGCGGAUGAGCUUUCAGCCAAAUACCCAAAUGUGGAACCAGUGCUGUUGGAUGUGAUAGAGCGGCCGGAUAUGCUCAGGCAGCUUGUGGAGCGUGCGGAUGUGGUGGUGUCCCUCCUGCCAUACAGCUUACAUCCGACUGUGGCUUCUGCUUGCAUUGACGCUAAGACGCACCUGGUCACCGCAAGUUACCUCACGCCGGGCAUGAAGGAGUUACACGAGGCUGCAGUGGACGCUGGCAUCACUAUUGUCAAUGAGGUGGGACUUGACCCAGGCAUCGACCACCUACUGGCUAUGGAGUGCUUCGACCAGAUCCACUCAGGAGGCGGAAAAGUAGAUAAAUUCAUCUCUUUCUGCGGUGGCCUACCAGCUCCACAGUGGUCCACAAAUCCACUUCGAUACAAGUUUUCGUGGAGUCCGAGAGGCGUCUUGCUCAACACACUGUCCCCAGCACGCUACCUUGAAGAUGGCCAGGUAGUGGAUAUAGCUAGUGGAGGUGAACUACUGAAGGCCACAAAACCGUACACUGCUCUUCCUGGUUUCAAUCUCGAGGGCUUCCCCAACAGAGACUCCACCAUCUACAGGGAAUUGUAUGGUAUUCCGGAGGCUUCCACUGUGCUGAGAGGGACCCUGAGAUUUGAAGGAUUCUCUGAAAUUUGCCUGGGUCUAAUUAAGUUAGGACUCUUCGAUCCUAACCCACACCCCAUGUUGCACAGAAGUGGUCCUGACGUCACCUGGAAACAACUACUGUGUGCCCUCCUCCACCAACUUGAUACUACAAUAUUUGAGGAUAACUUCAGGCAGCUGGUGACAGAGGAAGUUGGUACAAAGAUAACCCAGGCUCUUUGCGAACUGGGGUUACUUACCUCAGAUAAAGUCAGAAAGGCAGGAUCUCCUCUCGACACACUCUCCCUCUACCUGGCCAGCCGACUUAGACUAGAACCAGGAGAGAGUGACCUCGUAGUGCUGCGACACGAGAUCACCGCAAGUUGGCCAGACGGGUCAACAGAGGUCAAGGGAAUCACUCUGGUGGAAUAUGGUGACCCACAAGGGUAUUCAGCCAUGGCGAGGACAGUCGGUCUCCCUGCUGCCAUGUGUACAAAAAUGGUGCUUGGCGGUGAAAUCCAAACAAGAGGGUGUGUUUUGCCACUCAAACGUGACAUCUACCAGACGGUGCUUGCUCGCUUGAGACAGGAAGGCAUACAGGCAAACACAACCUCCACUUUUGUGUGAUGUGGCUGUGUGUGUUUGUGGGUUUGUUUAGAUACCACAUGCAAACGGAUGAGGUUUGUCACAUGCAAACGGAUGAGGUUUGUGUGUGUGUGUGUGUGUGUGUGUGUGUGUGUGUGUGUGUGUGUGUGUGUUUGGUUUAGACACAAGUAAGUAAAAUUUGUGUGUGUGUGUGUGUGUGUGUGUGUGUGUGUGUGUGUGUGUGUGUGUGGAGAGAGGAAGAUGAAGAAGAGAAGGAGGAGGAGGAGGAAGAAGAGAAGAAGAAGACAAAAAGGAAGAAAAACAACACACACACACACACACACACACACCACAAUCAUCACCACCACUACCACUACUAUUAUGUUAACUAUUCUGAACUAUCCUAUUAAAAAGACUAUCUGCUUAUUACUAAGGACACUAUUGUUAAUUAUUCUGUCUGUCUGGAGUAUAUUUUGGGCUAUACAUUAAAGAUAUAGAAGGAAAAA